CAUGCUGCCAUAGCUGCAUUUAGGCAACGUCACAAGAAAUACGUGAAGCUGCUAAAGUUAGCUAGCUAAUACUUUACAGAUAUCAAUGGCGUUUACAUUAUAUUCCCUUAUUCAAGCGGUGAUUUUGUGUGUUAAUGCGGUCGCCGUAUUGCACGAAGAUAGAUUUUUAAGUAAAAUUGGCUGGGGUGUGGACCAAAGUGUUGGUGGAUUUGGUGAUGAACCAGGCAUCAAAGUGCAGCUAAUGAACCUUGUCCGCUCUGUGAGGACAGUGAUGAGAGUGCCCUUGAUUGCUGUCAAUUCUGUCUGCAUUGUGUUGUUGCUGCUUUUUGGCUGAAGAGAAGACUGGACUGAAUUUGGACGCUGAACUAAGAGAAGACACUUUUAGGGGUCAGGGGGAUGUCACCCUGGCACCUGGAGGAGGGACCCUACAUGCACCAGGAAGAAGAGUACACCCACACGUUUAUGUAUCUCAGAGAUUCAGCAUUACAUUUGAUUUCCUUUAUUAUUAUUAUUCCUUACCUCAUUUGUCAAACCUGUUGGUCUUAGGUCAGGCUAAGUGACAGUUCAGAUGCAAGAACAAUCUGGGUUUACUACAUUUGCAGUUUCUUUUACAGACACCUGUUAGUCAAUGUUAUAGCACAAGGCAGUUCAAAAGUGCCUACGGUUGCUUUUGGAAGAUUUCUUCAUUGUAAAAGGAUCAUUUACUUUGAUCUCAUGAUUCAACUUUCUCCUUAUUUGAAAUUGUGGUUUGUCGCAGUUCUGAUGGUAUAUUCUAUGUCUGUUGCUUUUAACAUAUUCCUGGAUAAAAAGUUAAGUGUACGUAAUUUGAACAGAACGACUCAAACACCAUUAGUCGGGAAAUGUCAUAUUUUGUGUCCAAUGCAGACAAUUUUUUAUGUAUAACUUUUUCUAAGUAACUUUCUAUGAAUUACUUGAAAAUAAUAAAGAUUAUUAUUAUUUA